UUGUUCUUUGCUUGAGCAAGUAGUACGGUUUGCGAUUGUGGCGCCAACAGUUGUUUGUUUGUUUGUUGAUGGACGUUUAAAGGGAAUUGAGUUUUUGCGCUGAUUGUAAAAUGUUGCCACUGUCAUUACUUCGGACAGCACAGAAUCAUCCCAUGUUGGUGGAGCUGAAAAAUGGUGAGACCUACAACGGCCACUUAGUUAGCUGUGACAACUGGAUGAACAUUAAUUUAAGAGAAGUUAUAUGUACAUCAAGGGAUGGUGACAAGUUCUGGAGAAUGCCAGAAUGCUAUAUCAGAGGCAGCACAAUUAAAUACUUGCGAAUUCCAGAUGAAGUAAUUGACAUGGUUAAGGAAGAUACAUUAGUGAAAGGUCGUGGCCGUGGAGAAAUGAAAGGCAGAGGAGGCCAGGCUCAGAGAGGACGCGGUAGUGGAAGAGGCACAUUUGGAGGACGUGGUGGGAGACCAGGACAGCUAGGUCGAGGAGGCAGAAAUCCCAAGCAAGUGAAGAAGUGAAUGGGCAUGUGACUCACUGACAUUUCUGCAAUGAGUGCUGUUUUAAAAAGAACUGUUAUUUUUGUACUGGAACCACUGUGAUGUAAAUGUUCUGCAGAUGCUUUAAGUGAAUUGUAGAGGUUAAUGAUGUACUUCAUUAUCAUUAUUAUUGUUAUGUGCUGUGUAAAAUGUGUCAGACAGAUUCCUUGAGUUUUAUGCCCUGAGAGGAGAGAAAGAUUUGUUGUUAUCCUUUUUUUACUAGUCAGAAUGGACAUACAAAAUAAAUUUAUGAACUACAUACUGUGGAUACUUGCAGUGUAAGACUAUUAAUGCCUUCAGUUUCUAAUAAAAUGACUAAACAAUU